AUGGCAUGUUCUGAAGAAAGGCCUGCAAAGGAAGCCAAAGGUGAGAGCACAGAGGGGCCAAAUUGGCUUGAACUUCCUAGAGAAGUCACUACCAAUAUUCUGCACAAGCUUGGUCCCUUUGAAAUUUUGGACAGUGCAAGCCUUGUGUGUCCUCUAUGGUGGAAAAUCUGCAUGGACCCUCUCAUGUGGCGCACCAUUGACAUGACCAACCCCCCUCUCUAUCCACAUGACAAAUUGGUUCGGUUUUGUCGUCGUCCCAUUAAACGAAGUUGCGGUCAUUUAGAAGACAUUAGUAUUGAUGAUUUUUGCACCAAUAAAAUCCUCAAAGACAUUGCUAAUUGCGGAAGUCACGUACGUCGGAUGCGGCUUUUGAAAUGCGAGGAAAUGUCUGAUAAAGGAUUGAUUGCGGUUGUGAAGAAGCUUCCAAUAUUGGAGGAGUUUGAAAUUUCAUUUGGUGACGUAUCUAAGUAUACUUUGGAACUUACGGGCAAAUGUUGCUCACAUUUGAAAGUGCUGAAAUUUAACAAGAAGGAAGAUAAAGAAUACAAGUGUGACGAUGAGGCAUUUGCUAUUGCGAAGACCAUGCCUGGGCUACGCCAUCUCCAGCUUUUGGGAAAUAGGCUCACUGAUAAAGGCCUGCUUGCCAUUCUUGACGGAUGCCCUCGUCUUGAAUCUCUUGAUCUGCGUGUUUGUUCCAAUGUUGAUUUAAGCGGAAGUUUGAGGGAAAGGUGUUGUAAGCAGAUUAGAUAUUUACGUUUCCCGGAAGACUUGAGUGAUGAAGUUGGCAUCUAUGUUGAAGAUGAAGAUGAAUAUUGUGAGCUUUGUGGAUAUGACUGUGGAUGUGGUGAAGGUGGUGGUUAUGUGAACUGUGGCCGGCACAAUGAUGAACUAAUAGAUACUCUUAUCACUCUGAAGGACAGUAACGAUCCUGAUGACAAGGCAUAUGAAAAAACUCUUCUGGCUCAGUACUAUGAUUCAUUUGAAAUGGUUUAGUUAAGUAAUCUUAUGUUCUUUUUGGAUAUGUUGAUCACUUGCUGGUAGUGUUCUAUAUGGAAUUUUGUUUUUGGUUUUAAAAGAGACUUAAUUGUGCUUUUAAAUGACAUGGUUCUUUUACUUUUUUAAUGUCC